AUGAUCUAUCAGAAAACAAAAGCUGAAAAAACCCGUAAAGAUACAGAAAAACUAAUGCAUUUGCUUCAAAAAAAACAUCCUGAAUAUGAUUUAUGCACUAAUACAUCAGAAGAUAAUAUUAUUGAAGUGGAUAAUAAAGAUUUUAUUUCAAAAAAAAGAAAACGAUUAGCCAAAUUUGAUACAUUAUUACAAGAAAAAACUGAAACAGUAUUAAUAGAAAUUCAUACUUUAUCUGAUACUAAAUCAGAAGAAUGA